AUGGACUCUGACGAGUCCGACUUUUACGGGGACGAUGAGAUCGUCGCCGACCUAGAGUCUCGGGUUACGUCAUUUGACGUUUCUCAGUGGUGGGAAGAGAGGAAUGCGGCGGCGGCCUCCAUCUCGGUGAUGGACAGAAAAGUCAAGAAGGAGCCUCUUGACAGCACUAAACUCCACAAUCCGUACGCCGGUGUUCCCUACGCGUGGCAGUUGACUGAGACCGUCAACGACUUCUUGGGUCGUCUCCCUCCCGAGACGACGGAGCACAGCGAGCGGCUCCCGUGGAUUUUCGUAUGCAAUCCGUACAUCCGCAGGAAGGACAGGUUCAAUGCGCAGAAUCAGCGGAGCAGAGGCAAUGAGGAUGAAGCACCCGAGGAAGAGGGCUCGCGACUUGAUACUCUCAUCGAGGGGGGCUCGGAGAGAUUAGAUAUCCUCCUCAACUACAAGCAAGGCCUGGAGAAGACCACCAAGUCCAAAGCAAUGCAGGCAAAAUUGCUGAGGCAAGAACAAGAAGAUGCCACCCGAGAUAUCAUGAGCCUCGCACACAUGUGUAAGAUCAAGGCCGGGAAGGCAAGUGUUCGACAAGGCCUGCGCCUGAUUCUCGUCAAACAGUGGAUGCUCUUCUGUCAGCCUAAGGAUGUCAACGAAGUCUGGAACGUCAUAGCAAGGGCCACAGCGAAUAACGAACUAGGCAUUGCCGCAAAAGUUGCCCCUUGGAAUCCGUAUACGGAUCCUACCGGUCGGAAAGACCGGAUUGUAUGCGUUUAUACGGCCGACUUCAGCGACAUGGCAGAUGUCACUCGGGUCCUGCGUCGGCUGAGAGAGCUCAAGCUCGUUGAGGCCAUAAGACGUCCUAUUUACUAUAAACCAGGUUCGUAG